AUGGACGCAAACGCUACCGGAUCAUCUGGUUGGUCCGAAGAGCCCAUCACCCCCGUAUCGACUCGGCAACGGCCCGGGGCGUCGUCCAUGACUGGGCCGGGCCGCAAGAAAGGCACGGCAUGCGCCCGCUGCCGCAGUCAAAAGAUCCGUUGCGACGAUGAGAGGCCAUCUUGCACCCAUUGUGCACGUUCGGGGUACCCAUGCGUCAGGGCGAAUCUUGCGGAUAAUUCCGACGCGGUCAACCAUGUCACCAGGUUGGAGGCUCGACUACGGUCUCUUGAGGACUCACUUCGUCGGUUAGCUCCCGAAGAACUCGACAGGGCCCCUGAAGUGGGAUCGCGGUCGGUGAUAGCGCCGUCUAUCACGGUCUCUACCGCCCCCAUGUACGAGACAAGUCCUACUAUGGAGCUAGCACAGCAAUGGCCUAUACAACAACCCUUACCCACACCAAUUGAUCAGUCGAGCCACAAUGAGCAGGAUAUUUACGAUGACCAAGAGCUCGUUGUGGACACUGUGGACCUUCCUCAAUUGGACGGCAUCGAGGCAAACCCAAGCAUUGAAGAUUCGCCUCAUGAGGAUGAAGCAGUCUCGGUUGAUCACCACCCAGCUACUCAUUCAUCGGCUACGGAGAUUACCACGUCGCUCAGUCCAUCUGCUCCCACGGAAAUUGGCCCAAGCGAGCCUCUUGCACAUGAAGUUGGCAUGCUAUCAUUAGCCAACUCGAAGGAGUCCAAAUAUCUCGGUCCUUCUUCGGGCGUACCCUUUGCCCGCCUCAUCUUCUCAGCCAUACCUCAAUCUCAAGGCUUGGCAGUGAGCUGGUCAGCCCCAGAAGGAGGGACAGCGGCACGAAAACCUUCGCUUGCCCAUCAUCCCUUCCCACCUAAUUGGGCGUCUGAAGUCGACUUGCAGCAUUUUGCAGACGCAUACUUCCAGACUCUACAUCCUCUGUACCCAUUCCUUGACGAAGACAGCGUCUCCGAUAACCUAGACUGUCUUUAUACGACUCCAACAGCGGUGUCUAUGCAGAUGCCACCUUUCGCAGAGGUAGAAGCCUCGUUAACCUUAUCCUCGUUUCACUCAGUACAAGUAUUUCUUGUCCUAGCUUUGGGUGCCCGAAUCCUUGAGUCUCGGCUCUCUGUAGAGUUCUCAUCUGAGCGGUAUCUCGCGACUGCCAUGCAACGGAUCGGCACCCUGUCUUUGCAUGAUAGUAUCGAGGGACUUCAGAUCAUGCUGUUGCUAGCCUUGACGAGCUUUUACUUCGAAGAAGGGCCAAACGCAUGGUUCCUUGUGAUGAACAUCAUUGCGAGCUGCUUGGACUUGGGCUUUCAAAGACGUGGAGUUGACAUGCACCGUCCUUCCCCUUUGGCGAAGCCUAGCACUACUCAUAUCCGUCUAAACCUGAGGAGAGGUAUCUUCUGGUCUGCUUACUCAUUAGAGAGAACAUUAGCGGUGGUCCUCGGACGCCCUUUGACCCUCAGAGAUGAGGCUAUCGACAUAGAGUUCCCUGGUCAUGUUGGUCGCCCUGGAGAUCAUGCAGGGGAUUCUGUCAGCAGUAACUCGUUGACACCAGAGAGCGCUCGAUCUCCGCAUCACUCUACCAAAAGGGCAAGAGUCAUGGUCAAUCCGUAUGCGGCUGCACAAUACUCAUUCAAGUUCGACCAGAUCAUAGCUGAGAUUAAGCUGAUGAUCUACCGGGUCGUCAAUCUGCCGAACAGGUUUCCAUGGCCUACCGACUUCGACACCUGGCAGCCGGAUGUGCGCAAGCGUUGUGAUACAUUGCUUGAAGGAAUCAGAGCCGAGUUCCGUCGGAGCUUCCGAAGAAGGACUUCGGAUGGCGUCGUACUAAACCUCGAGCUCAAGUACCAUCACUGCAUCAUGCUUCUCUAUCGUCCGUCGCCAGCCAUCACGAAACCAAGUUUCGACUGCUGGAAAAUUUGCUACGAGAGCGCCGUUGCGACGAUACUGAUAAACUCCGAGCUACACCGGUUUUCAAAGCUGUCAAAUAGCUGGUUAACAGCACACACAGUAUUCGUCAGUGGUAUUACUUUUCUUUACUGCUUAUGGGUUGUGCCGAAGAUCAAGCUAGAGACCUCGUUGGAGGCAUUCAAAAUCAACGCAGAUGCGUGCAGCAAUCUCUUGAAAUAUCUCGCCAAAACCUGGAGUGUGGCUGCCGAUGCUGUCUUGAAGUAUGAGAGACUUGUUCAUUUGACGACGGAGUCAUGGAAAGCUACUGCGAAUCGACAACCAAGUGCAGAAGUAGCGGCUGGCCAGUCUCUUGUGUCAAUGGCACAAGGACAGGAGACGGACGCCAGCGAGAUCACGGCUGCACCGAUUAUAGAUCCAAGCCUGUAUACGAUGGAUGCAAACACGGGCAUGGGAGGAGAGUUUGAGGCUGACUCGUUUUUCAAUGAGCUGGGUGAUAUGAGUUCGUGGUUCGACCUUAACUGGCUUUUGGACGCUAGUGCUGGGUUCAUCUCUACAGACGAUCCAGCAGGUCCAGGAUUGUUUUGA